UAUUUUGGGGAACAUGAUUAGAAGACUCUUUAGCACACUACCACUUUUGCUCCACUCUCUCGGCGACCAAACGGCGUUUCCGUUUGAUGAUAACACAUUCAGGUUUUUCAAACUUUUAUAUGCGUCUUGUAGCGUGCAAAGUUAGAGCCGGCAAAUAAUCUUCUGUUUGGACGUUAAUGCGUGACGUCAGACGCAAACGAAUCUCUAUAUAUUUAUAACCAUCCAUCGAUUCAUGAAUCGAGAACUUGAUUCAAUGGCCCCUUCGAUCCCUCGCGACGAAGAGACUCCACUGGUCGCCGAAGAUAAUUCCUCACUUCAACCUCCUGAGAGUCACACCAGAGAUGUUCAUAUCUUGAGCUUAGCCUUUCUCUUGGUUUUUCUUGCCUACGGUGCCGCUCAAAAUUUACAAAGCACUCUCAACACUGAGCAGGACUUGGGUACCACUUCGCUUGGGAUUCUCUAUUUAUCUUUCAUGUUUUUCUCUGUGGUUGCUUCUUUGGUGGUGCGGGUUCUCGGCUCCAAGAAGGCUUUGCUUAUUGGCACCACUGGUUAUAUGCUUUAUGUGGCUGCAAAUUUGAAGCCGAAUUGGUAUACACUGGUUCCUGCCUCUUUGUUUCUUGGGUUUUGUGCUUCUAUAAUAUGGGUUGGACAGGGAACAUAUCUCACUUCUGCUGCACGCAGCCAUGCCAUUGAUAACAACUUGCAUGAAGGUGCAGUAAUUGGUGACUUCAAUGGGGAAUUCUGGGCUGUGUAUGCACUCCACCAGUUUAUUGGAAAUCUUAUUACAUUUGCUCUACUGAGUGAUGGGCAGGGGGGAAGUACCAAUGGAACAACUUUAUUGUUUGUUGUAUUCCUUUGCGUUAUGACCUUUGGUGCGAUACUAAUGUGCUUCUUGCGUAAGCGCAGUGUUACUAGUAAGGGACAUGAGCUCUCGGGUGGAGAAGCUGUUGAAAAUUCAUCCUUUAAAUCUCUUUAUAGAUCACUCACCAGUGCAUUGACUGAUGUAAAGAUGUUGUUGAUCAUACCCCUUAUUGCAUAUUCAGGUCUACAACAAGCAUUUGUGUGGGCUGAAUUUACCAAGUAUGUUGUAACUCCUGCAAUUGGUGUUUCCGGUGUGGGUAGUACAAUGGCCGCUUACGGGGCUUUUGAUGGAAUAUGUUCUCUGCUUGCUGGUCGUCUCACCUCUGGCCUCACAUCUAUUACAUCAAUAGUUUCUGUUGGAGUUUUUGCUCAGGCAGUUGUAUUAAUCUUACUGCUGCUAAAUUUCAGCAUUGCUAGCGGAUUGCUUGGUACUCUUUAUCUACUCUUUUUGGCUGCAUUAUUGGGCACAGGUGAUGGAGUUUUGAUGACACAACUGAAUGCGUUGCUUGGAAUGCUAUUUAAGCAUGACACGGAAGGGGCUUUUGCUCAGCUAAAAAUAUGGCAAAGCGCUACAAUUGCUAUCAUGUUCUUUUCGGCCCCGCACAUCUCGUUCCAGGCAGUGCUUGUGAUUAUGCUUGCUUUUCUAUGCUUCUCAUUCGGUAGUUUUCUAUGGCUUGCUCUGAAGGUGGGGAAGGCAUCAUCACCCUCCACCAGUUAGUGAAUUUAAAGCUACUUCAGCUGCAAGCAUAGUAGAUUUUCCUAUACACUCUGUCUUCUCUCGUGUAACCCUUUCAGUCUGGACUCAAGUUAUUUUAUGAUGACAUUUCUUCAGUUGAAUGAGAUGUAUAAAUUGUGACAAAUUCAACUUAUAAGCCCACAUGACUAUAUUAGUUAUUUACUAAAGAACAUUCCUAGAAAAACACAGGCUUUAUUAGCAAUACUAUUCACAUGCCCAAAAUUCGCAGACACAUAUAGUUUUGUAGGUUAUUUAAAUCUGAUUUCAGAUCAAUAUAUGUGACCUGCAGGGGAGAAUGUCUCGGGUAAGAUGUGAAAAACUGAAAGUAGAGCUCUGUUUUGACCUUUGCGUAGUACAGUGCGGAAGCAAAUAUUCAGCCAACUACCCCUUUUCCACGUGUACAAUACUUUAAUUUUUAAUGUAGCGGUUCGGUCUCCGGUCUAGAGUCUAAAGUAAACCGAACCCAAAAACUACGCCCCAAUGGCCAAUUCUACACCUCACAACUUAGUCAGCACGGCCAUCAUUUAACACUGAAGUCAUGCUCCACUUCAACACUAGUUGUUCCGUAACCAUAUUUCCAUACCAAAAUCACUAACAUCCUCAAAAGUAGUUAUGAUUAGGUUGUUCGGCACCAAUUUCACUGCAAUUCUGUCCUGUUUUUUAUAAAGACAAGUGCCCACCCAAAACACCAAGAUUUCAUCCAUACCCCCACCAUCCCAAGCCUCAAUGUCUCUCUGGCUCUGUAACUUGGUCCGUUUGUGCCUCACAACCCCAUGGCCUUUACUAACCUAUGCUGCCACUUGGAUAACACUACUAACGUUGACGGUUGCAGUGGCCUCUUUCUCACCGCAGGUGGCGUUUGUCUCUGCCAUAUCUCCUUCCUCUUCAUUCUCUCAGAAGUGCAGCACUGAUGGGUCCAUUAGAAUGCCCUUAGAUGUUCCAGGAGACAUCCUGUGUUUUCCUGCUCAUCUCUUCAUUAAAUCCAAGAUUGAUCUUGUCGUUCCACCCGUCUUUGCAGCGGUAAUUGUAGCAGCUUCUGCUUGCGUAGUGCGAGCUGUGGGCUUGUGGGAGCAUUAUCAAAACCGUUCAGAAGCGAAUUAGCUUGGUAUUCCUUUUAGAAUCAGAUUUUUCAGAACGAUGCUUGAGUGCAAGAUUUAUGGCUUGACACCAAAGUUGGGCCUAAAUGGGAGGUUUGAAUUGUGAUUCUUACAUUAUGUUUUCGAGGGAGCCAUCAUCUUGGGACGAACUUCUAUUAUACACGACCUGGCGUGGAGAUUAGGCUUCCCUCGUUUGCAAAUAAAAAGCUAAGAAUUAGAUUGAGCUAACUCAAUGAUUCUAUAAACGUAUGGUCAUUAUUGGUCUUUGUAAAUCCACAAAAUGAUAUUGAUAUAAUAGAUUUCAGAAUUAU